AUGGGUAUUAGGGAAGCCUGUCGGAUAUAUGGCGUACCAAAAACAACAGUACAUGAUCGUAUUUCAGGCAAAGUUGCCAAUAAUAAGAAACCAAAAGUUGGCCCUGACCCUAUUUUAGGUCGUGAGGGAGAAGAAAAAUUAAAAACUUGGGUACUGGACAUGGCUAAAUGUGGCUUUCCAAUAAAUAAAAAAGAGUUACUCGAAAGCGUUGCUAAUAUAGUACGAGAUACGAACAUUAAAAAUCCAUUCAAGGAUGGUGUUCCUGGAGACACAUGGUAUCAAGCUUUUUUAAGACGUCAUCCCGAUGUAAAUGUUAGAGAGCCGGAGGGAAUAAAUAAUGCACGAGCAGCAGUAACGGAGAAUCGCGUCAGGUUCUGGUUUAAAGACCUAAAAGAAUAUAUGAAAUCCAUUGACGCGCUAGAUGUAUUUGAUAAUCCUACAAGGAUAUUUAAUGGAGACGAGACGGGGUUUUCACUUUGCCCAAAAAGUGGGAAAGUUUUAGGACCAAGAGGCUAUAAGAACCUGUACAUAAUUAAGAAAACCAAUGAUAAAGAGAACAUCAGCGUCUUGAUUGUAUUUUCGGCAGAUGGUAAAAUAUGUCCACCUUUGGUCAUAUUCCCCUAUGUCAGACCGCCUAAGACCCUCAUUGAAAGUAUGCCUCCGACAUGGAUUCUUGGAAGAUCUGAAAGUGGAUGGAUGAAAAGUGAUGUGUUUUUUGAAUACAUUAGUAAUAGUUUUCAUACUUGGCUGAUUAAGAAUGAAAUAAAAAAACCUGUGCUCCUUUUUGUUGAUGGCCAUAAGUCUCACAUGACCUAUGCUCUCAGCCAAUUCUGUGAAACAAAUGGGAUAAUCCUAUAUGCCUUACCACCAAAUACAACCCACAUGCUUCAACCGGCAGACGUGAGCGUCUUUAGACCACUGAAACAAGAGUGGAAAAAGACGGUUAAAAACUGGCAAGCUCGUGAUGAAAAUGUAAACCAGACGGUAACAAAAAUAAAUUUUUGCAAAAUUCUUAACGAGACUCUGACUAAUAUCGACCUGAGAAAUGCCAUAGUAAAUGGAUUUCGCAAAUGUGGGCUGUACCCAUUAAACGAAGAUGCUGUGGACUACACGAAAUGCAUUAAAGAUAUACAACAACGAAAAAGGGUUUCUAACACCAAUCAAAAAACUAUUUCUGGUAGAGACUACGAUACAGCCACAAAAGUGAUUACCCAAAUUAAAGAAGAACUCUCCAGGCACAGCGUUGAUACCAAAGUAGUUCUGGCUGAAAUAGAAAAAGCGAAGAUGAAAUAUAUUUCGAAUCGCCGUUCCAAAUCGAAGACACCACGAACUUCUGCAACAUCAAAUGUAAGCACAAGUAUAUUGGUUGAAGAUCUACUACCAAUGUCGGCCUCCUCUCCCAAACAGAAUAUACAGAACGCCGAAUUAAGAACUGACGCAUGUCUAUAUACAGAGGAAGAAGAUUCUGGAGUCAUGAAUUUCCUUGAUCCGGGAUCAUUUAUAUCACUUAAUAAUAUAUCUAUUUUGCCAAUAGGUGAAGUUGAGAUCUCCCAAGAUAACUCAAUGCUUGAUAACUUUGCAAACAACCAAUCUAUCUCUUUAACUACAGUAGCAGAAAUACACAACAAGAAUGAUUUUGCUGAAGCCGAUCACCAUCAACCUCCACCUAGGGAUGUUUUAGCAGCAAUUACAGAUAAUGUCUCUUUAAAUCCAGCAGCAGAUACCUACAAUGUGAAAGAUUUCGUGGAAGCAGAAAACCAACAACCUCCAGUAGUAUCACUUACAGAUAAUAUAACUUUUACCACUACAACAUCUUUUGAUGAGGUCUUUGAAAAACAUCUCCGUUUUCCAGAAUCUGAAUCUUCAUCAGCACCAAAAGCAAGAACUGGUCUUAAACUUCCGAGUGCGAUUUCUUCAGGCGCCUGGAGAAAAUUCUACGAAAACAAAGAAAAAGAAAAAGAAAAUAAAAUAAUAACUAAGAAAAUUAAACAAGUAUUAAGAGCAGAUGCAAAAGAAAAGAAAGCUAAGGAGAAAGAUAGUAAAGUCAAAGAAAAGAAGAAAGUAACAGUCAGGAGCACUUCAAAGAAGAUGCUAAAAAGAUCGUGCCAAAAUAAAGCAAUAAAAUGUAGCCAAUGUUCUGAUGAUUUGAUCAGCGACGUAGAAGAUGACGCUGAAAAAAAUAUAGGUUGCGACCAUUGUGCAAGGUGGUUUCACUUAAAAUGCACAGUUUUAAAACAAACUCCGUACGUUGAAGCUGCCCAAUCUGAUUAUACUUGUCCAUUUUGUAAACACCAG